UUUUCAAUUCUCUCUAUCGUGCGAGUCUUCCAACUUCAUAGAGAGGAGGAGGAGAAGAGAAAAGAGAGGGGUUCUUCUAAGGAUCCCAAAAUCUAGAGUUUCAUCUUCACUCUCCAGAAGAUCUUUCCAUUAAUUUCGAUCUUUCAAAGAUUCACUUACACACCUCUAAUUUCUGUUUUGGCAAGAUUUUGGAAGAUGGACAGUCAACUAAGCUUUUGGCAAUUAGGGGAUGAGUUAAGAGGACAAACAACAAAAGUAUCUGAGGAUCAUCAGUGGUUUAUGGCAGCUUCUAAAUUAGCUGAACAGACAAGACUAAAAGGCGAGAGGAUGAAUAAUCUUGAUCUCUCAAAGGGAGCUGCAGAAGCAAGAACACGCCACAAAUUUGGGUUCCAGGAAGAUAGUAUUAACAAAUUUGAGAAUUUCAGCAAGUUUGAGAAUUUCAGUAAGUUUGAUAAUAUCAACAAGUAUGAGAAUUCGAACAAGUUUGAUAGUAUCAGCAAGUUUGAUAAUAUGAACUUCAAUAUGAUGAAUUUGGAUUCGAAAGCUACUGAGAAUGUUACCAAGGGAGCGUUCAGGAACGGGGUUUAUAAUGUGAAUGCGGCAAACCAGAAAGGAAAUGGUGGCAAUUACAAUAAUGUGAAUAUGAAUUUGCCAGUUUCGGGUAAGUUUAGUAACAAUAUCCAUAGUGUUAAAGAGUCCAGCAAAAACAACAACCACCACAACAACGUAAAUAUAUACAAUGACAAUACCAGUAACGUUGUUGAUAAGAGAUUUAAGACUCUGCCUUCAACUGAAACACUUCCACGCUAUGAGGUUCUCGGGGGUUACAUUUUCGUCUGCAACAAUGAUACGAUGCAAGAAGAUCUCAAGCGACAGCUCUUUGGCUUACCACCAAGGUACAGAGAUUCUGUUCGAGCAAUAACACCAGGGUUACCUUUGUUCCUCUACAACUACACAACUCACCAACUACAUGGGAUAUUUGAGGCAGUGAGUUUUGGAGGUUCUAACAUCGAUCCAACUGCUUGGGAAGAUAAGAAAUGUAAAGGUGAAUCAAGGUUCCCUGCCCAGGUAAGGAUCCGCAUUAGGAAAAUCUGCAAGGCCUUGGAGGAAGACUCUUUCAGGCCAGUUUUGCAUCACUAUGAUGGGCCAAAGUUUCGUCUCGAACUGUCCAUCCCUGAGACAUUGGCGUUACUCGACUUGUGUGAACAAGGUGGUAGCAUGUGAAUCUGACUGUUUGUAUUAACUGGGUACUUAAGUGUGUGUAAGAAGAUUGCCCAGCAGUAGUAGUAGUACUACUUAAAUGUAUUUGGGUGCAUUGUGAACCAUGUGAGUCAGCUGUGUUUCCUCAGAUUUUCCAUUAAAGCGUAAGCUUCGUAGCAAGUCUGGUUUUGUUGACCCGUCCCACUUGAAGGAGAAGUCCAUGUAUUUUGCAUGAUAGGUACUGAGAGGAAACCCUCGACAAUUACUCGGUAGUUAGUAUAUUAUAUAUAAAUGAUUAUAAAUCGUCAUAGUUUCAAACAGACUGUUAAGAGUUUGAAGCAAAAUACCAUGUGUAACAGCGAAGCCCAUGGAGUUGUUGUGUGUAUGUGUUUUUACUGUUUUUACUACUUAUCACCUUGUGGUACAGUCGUACAGAUGAGAAUAGAAAGGGACGUUAGUUUCUUUGUCAAAGGUUCUAUUGCUGUUAUAAUGCUCGUAUAUUUUCUGUUGCACCUUGCAACAACUUUAAUAUGAAAUUUAUCUUUUCUGUCA